GAUGGAAUUUGGCUUGUUUAAUUCAGUGCAUCUGUUUCGAUGAUCAGUAGGCAUCUAGCCAUCACCAGGACCAGUCGUCGUACAUUUUGUUUUGUUUUGUUCAUUCGUUUUUAGCUUAAUUCGCCCGUAAUCAUGUCUGACGAAGAAGAAUACAGUGAGGAAGAGAUUGAAGAGCCAGAACCAGAGGUCAAGAAGCCUCAGCCACCGAAACAAGCAGAAAAACCAGCUGAAGCUCAAUCGGAAGCUGAAGCUGCUAUGGAUGAAAAAAUCCGUAAGAAGAAACAGGAAGAAGAAGAACAAUGGUCUGAGUACAUUGAACAACGGAAAAAGCAAAAACAAAAAGAAGAGGAUGAUUUACGAAAGCUUAAGGAACGGCAAGCUCUCCGUAAACAAAAACGAGCUGAACAAGAACGUAUGCUCGAAGAAUGGAGAUUAAAACAGGAAGCCCAGCGUAUUAAGGAACUCGAAGAACGACGAUCGAAAGAAGCCGAAGCAAAACGCAAACGUCUUGAAGAAGCCGAAAGGAAACGAGCUGCCAUGCAAGCUGCAUUGAACAAGCAGAAAACCGGUCAAGACAAAGUGGAACGAAACUUUGUCAUUACAAAACGAUCGGAUGGAGGACCGGGUGCCGCCCUUGGAAAUAGUGGAUUUGAUCGAUUCUCGAACGUAAUAUCGGCUCGAUCCGAGAUGGGCAAAACCAAAGAACAACUUGAAGAAGAUAAACGUAUCGCUAUGUCGUUUCGUGUUAAACCCUUGGACAUUGAUGGUCUUUCGGUAGAUGACCUCAAAAAGAAAGCUUCUCAACUCUGGGAUAUGAUCGUACAACUUGAAAGCGAUAAGUACGAUCUUGAGGAACGUAAAAAACGCCAGGACUAUGACUUGAAAGAAUUGGCCGAACGUCAACGUCAAAUCAAUCGAAACAAGGCCUUGAAAAAGGGUCUGGAUCCAGAUGCUCUGUCAGGCAAAUUCCCACCAAAAAUAUUGACCGCAUCCAAAUACGAACGACAAGUCGAUCGUCGAACAUUCAACGACAAAAAGAGCUUGUUCGAAGGCGGCUACGACGCCAUGGUCGAAGCACAAUUGGAAAAGAUGUGGCAAGAACGUGUUAAAGAAUUCAAAGAUAAGGAUAAAUCCACACUACCUAAAUGGGAUCCUGAACAUCCCAAAAACAAGGAGACCUAUGAACCUGGCGCUCGCACCUAUGAUGUGAAUGAUGAAGAUGACCUCGACCUGUUGGAUGCCUUCAUUAAACCACCGGGCUUUGAUUCCGCCGGUGGCGACGAGGAAUCGACACCAGCUCAAGUACCAGCAUCCAAACCUCCACCGCCUGCCCAAGAGGAAGAAGAAGAAGAAGAAGAGGAAGAAGAAGAAGAAGAGGAGGAAGAGGAAGAAGAAGAAGAGGAAUAAUCUUGUAUACAUGAUGCUGAGCUUUGCUUCUCAUGUGUCUCAUUUAUUGAUUGUCUAUUUAUUUCUAUUUAUGUAAACGUACGUAAGUACGCCGACUAAUUUGAACCAAUAAACGAUUGUUUGAUUUGUCCAA